CCAGAUUCCACAGUCUGUUCCUCGUCGUAACCACCUGCUGCAGCAAACCCGCGCCGCCCGCCCGCCAAGCCCGGGACCCGCUACCGCUACUCCGACGCCCGACCAUGGCAGCUCUCCUCCGAUCCGCCGCACGACGUCUGACGACGGCGCCGGUCCGCCGAGCAGCCUUCUCAAGCGCCGCCGCGCCGGCGCCGGCGAACGGGCGCGAGGGGGUUAUCGCCGCCGCGGCCGUGGCGGCUGCCGGGUCCGGGCUGGGGCUCUGGCUCAUGCCCCCGGGGUUCGCCGACUCCGGCGACGCCUCGGCCGGGCAGAUCUCGCCGGCCGAAUCAGCCGGCGCCGGCACCAGCGCCGUGGAGGAGCGGCACGAGAGGAGGAGGAGGUUCCUGCUCGGAGACUCGUACCGCAGAAGGGUGUUCUUCAACUACGAGAAACGGAUCCGGCUACUCAGCCCUCCUGAAAAGAUUUUUGAGUACUUCUCGUCCGUGCGAAAGCCAGACGGGGAGCUGUUCAUGUUGCCUGCUGACUUGAUGAGAGCAGUAGUUCCCGUCUUCCCUCCAUCCGAGUCGAAUAUCGUAAGAGAAGGGAGACUCAGAGGGGAACGCGACGCAGGAGAAUUGCACUGUGCUCCAUCCAAGUUCUUCGCCCUGUUCGACACGAACACCGAUGGUCUCAUCUCGUUCGCUGAGUACAUCUUUUUUGUUACAUUACUCAGCAUUCCAGAGUCAAACUUCAGUGCGGCCUUCAAAAUGUUUGACAUUGAUCUAAGCGGGGAGAUAGACAAAGAAGAGUUCAAGAAAGUAAUGGCAUUGAUGCGGUCCUUUAACAGACAAGGAGCUGCCCAUAGGGAUGGCUUACGUACAGGAUUUAAAGUUGGCCAGUCUGUGGAAAAUGGUGGGCUGGUUGAGUAUUUCUUUGGUAAUGAUGGGAAUGAGCCUCUACACUUUGAUAAGUUCACAAGUUUUAUGAAGGAAUUGCAUGAGGAGGUUAUUCGUCUAGAAUUCAGUCAUUAUGAUGUCAAGUCAGUGAACACUAUCCCAGCAAAGGAUUUUGCACUGUCCAUGGUCGCUUCUGCUGACAUGAAUCACAUAAGCAAACUACUUGAUAGAGCUGAUACGUUGGGCAAUGACCCUUAUCUCAAGGACGUACGCGUCACCUUUGAGGAGUUUAAGGCUUUUGCUGAUUUACGUCGAAGAUUGGAACCUCUGACGAUGGCUAUAUUUGCUUAUGGGCAAGUAAAUGGGAUGUUGACAAAACAGGAUCUACAGCGUGCGGCACAGCAUGUCUGUGGUGUUGAAUUGACUGACAGAGUGGUGGACAUCAUUUUCCAUGUGUUUGACACGAACCGUGAUGGACACCUGAGCUCUGAGGAGUUUCUGAGAGCGCUGCAAAGACGAGAAGCUGAUGUUCACCAGCCAGCGAGACGAGGCCCUGUGGGCUGGUUGAAGAGUUCUUGGCUUCCGGGGAUGCUGCUCUAGUUUGGUUCUCGCAAGAUUCUUUUUCUUUAGCCUUGGAUUACGUGCCAUCUCAAUGGUAUGUUUGCCAAGCUUAGGUAACAUAAAAAUUAGUUCUUUCUGUCACUGCUCAGGAGAGAUUUUGCUGUAGAUAUCGUGUAGGUUAGUCGAAGGCUGGCAUACCGUAUAGCAGUUGUAGAUAGUGUCUUUUGUAGUAUCUCUGGACAUGGUAAAUUGGUGAUGUAUUAUUAUAUCUAAUGUUGUAGAUGGUGUCUUUGUUGUACUA